AUGGCUUCGAAUCCCUCUGCAUCACAUAACCACCGGUCUCCAACCGGACAGGUUAUGAGCCCAAUGAUGCCACAGGCGGAGGGCGAGCAAGGAACACAAGGACCUGGACGUUCAGCUGGCACUAUGGGAACAGCAAGUGGGCUGGCGAACUAUGGUACCCUGAAUCCUGGCAGGGCCGAUCAGCAACAGAUGGUACCAAUGAUGAACGGUGUGCAGCCAAGUGGAGUGGGUGUUUCUGGCCGUAUGGAUGAACAACCAACGUUAACCGGACCUGGAGCGACGACAACCGGACUGGACGCGAGCACGCACGAUCCUACGAGGGCUCAGCAGCAGGUGACCCACGUCUCGGCCCCAUCGGAUCGACCGACUCAAGCAACUGAACAGCAUCAGCUACCUGUAGCACCACAGCUCCGCUUGGUGGAUAACAGCCAGGAGGUUGAGGAUGAUUCCCGGUCCUUGGCGAUGAUUCCCCAUGGGGCGCAACAUCAUCCUGGGACUUUGCAAGCAAUGGCUCAGUUGGAUGAACAGAGGAGUGCUUUGGUUUCAGCUGUCCAGUUGAGAGCAAGGAGAAUGGUCCAGAUGGCGGGCUACGAUCCAGAAGGUGGAGAGCGAUUACCAGAAGAAGUGAGUGAAGAGCAUAUGGUGUGGCACGAGCGACUACGUGGACUGUUCCGAAGACGGGCGGUGGAACCCAUGAGGGAAACUGCUCAGAUCGUUAGAACUAGAACUACACCUAUGAGCUCGCCGGCAUCGUGGUAUUCUCAACAGACUCCACAUGCAGAACCCUCUGGACCUACUGGAUCACUGCUCGAUCCAAUGACGCGCCAAGCCAUGAGUGAGUGGACGCAGCGAACAUCGUUGAUUCAACCAGGACCGACUGGUGCUCCGAGCCAGUCAUCAGGUGAUUCGGUGUCACCGGAAGCGGUUCAGGAGGAGGUCCGAAAGCAGGUGCAGCUGGCACUUCAAGGAAGGGACCAAAGGGUCCAACAGCUCCAGGAAGAGAACGAUGGCCUUCGUCAAGUUCUCCAGGAGCUCCUUCAAGCCACUCCUCAGCUACGGGGAGAUGGGGUUGGUCGUGCAACGGAACUACGAGGAGAUCGCUUUGGGCUUGGGGCAAAUGAGACUCCAACAACUCAAAGGAUGAGUGGGGAUGUUCGACAACUUCGUCAAGGGGUCCCUGAACCUGAGGUGGUGGUAUCUUCAGCGGCAACCGCAUCUUCAGCCCCGCCUGGUUUAGAAGCCUAUCGUAGAGAAGGUGAUGGUCAGGAAAGGAGGGUUUCGUUUGAGUUGCCCAGUGGUGAAUUGGGCGGUGGUGCUACACAAACCAGUACAGGGAAGCCAACCAACCCACUGGCCCAUCAUCCUCCAGGAGAACAAGUUCUGCAGAUGGCCGAGAAUGAGAGCGUCAAGGGGAACAUUCGACCUGAAGGGGAUGGUGUUCGUGAUGAUGGUCGUAGUGAUGCGGCCAGUGGUGGAAAGAAGGAAAGUGAUCCGCUGCAGUUGUUGGCUCACGGAAUCCAACAACUACAGCUUCUACAGAUGAAGAAGGAAGGCCAAGAUCCUGAGCUCUUGAAAGGGACGAUUGAGUUGCCGAAGAUGCCAGAGGCCUAUGUGGAUACCAGCGCUGUGGCCUUCUUGGAAUGGAUGUAUGAGACGGGCCAGUUGAUUGGACCCCUUACCGAUAAGGCUGGCAGCUGGUGGGAGGCAGUGACGAACCUGGCAAUCCAAGCGUACCAGGCCUACCAGACCGAGACUCCUCUCCAAAGGCUGAAGAUCAGGGCCAAUGACAACGAGUUCGUGGACGAUGUAAAAUGGCUCAGGUUGGAGAAAAGGGUGAUGGGGCUCUUGCUUCAGGCGAUGCCUCCACAGAUUAAGGCCGAGAUCAUGAUGCUACGGAUCGACAAGGCGAAGGACUGUGUGUUCAAGCUGCACACGAUCUAUGCACCAGGAGGCACAUCGGAGAGGGCAUCACUGAUACGACAGCUGGAGUUCAUUCCGACUUCCGAUAGUCCACUGGAGUUGAUAAGCGCGCUAAGGAAGUGGAAGAAGUUGGUCACAAGAGCGGGAGAGAUGGGGGUGAGCUUGCCGGAUGGUUCAGUUCUUUUGAUGGCCAUUGAUGGAGCUGCCAAGAAGAUCGUGGAGGCGAAUAAGGACAUGGCUUUCAAGCUGAACAUGGCGAAGCAAGAACUUCAGCUGCCAUACAGGCCCUUUUUGACCUCAGUCCUGACCUACUCGGACCACCUUUUGGCAGAGCUCCAGCAGGCGAUCCCGUUGACUCGUGGAGAGCAACCAAAGUUGAAGGGAAUUACAACGGAGUCAAGUCCAACGAGCCCGACAGGAAGUCCAUCGAAGGGUCAGAAGGCGCCGUGCAAGUUCUGGAAUGGGACAGAGGGGUGUCGUCGUGGAACGACAUGUAAGUUCUCACAUGCCUUCACUUCAAAGGCUUCAAAGGAGGACAAACGCUCAAGAUGUUGGAGUUGUGGGUCGAAGAAUCAUCGUCAGUCGGAGUGCCCUGUCAGGCAAUCUGGGGAAAAGCCAACCUCACCACCUCCGAUGGCAGCGAUGACAACCUCGAGCCAACAGCCUCCCUUACCUCUACAAGAACAACCUGAAUUGGGAGCCAACCAACCUCAAUCAGUCCCAGCCUCUGCGGGAACGACGGCAACCACCUCCUCAGGAUCCUCCUCGGCAGCUUCGACCGUCCUCUUCCAGGAUCCACCACCGCCUCAAACUGCAGAGAUCAGGGAUUUGGCUGAACAAUUCCUGGCGAAGAUCCGUAGGUUAGCGCCACUUCAAGUCCAAACGGAUGAAUCCAUUGCCUCGGUGAACCUCUUCUUGAAGAGUCAGGGCCUGGACAAGGAGGGUGUGGCUCUACUGGACAGUGGAGCCACGCAUGCUUUCAGAGCGGCAAAGUCGGAAGAUGAGAUCCAACGGUCGACAAGGGUCUCAGUGCAGUUAGCGGACGGUCGUGUGGUGAGGCUCAGACAAACGGUCUCGGGAACAUUGCUGCCAGAGACGAUGGAGGGCGAAACAGGCACUAUAGUCCCUCUUGGAAACCUAGUACAAUCCCUGGGGUGUAGUCUUCAGUGGAACCGGAAAAGGGGCCUCCAGGUUUUCCACCCGGAGUAUGGCCUCCUACCUACCAAGCUCGUGGGAAAUUGUCCUGUCUUGCGGGAAACGGAGGCCUUAGACUUGAUCGGCGAGCUGGAGGAGGCCGAGCUCAAACGGUUACAACGCCAGACCUUGGAGGGCACGGUGGCAGUGCUGCAGCCUAACCCAGAGGGCGUCACCUGGGAGGAGCACCUGGACGAGUUCAUACAAACGGGGUCCCGCCAAUCUUUGAGGAGGGCAAUGUUGGACCCGGAUUUCCCAUUAGGCCCAUGCACCGAGACGGAGAUCUUGAAGAUGGUUGGAUCCAAUGACUACGACUUCUCAGACCGGGAGGGCGCUAAGAUGAUGAGGGGUUUGCCAAUGAACCGGGCCAACCGAAGGGCCAUGAUGAACUCCAGAUGGAUGGUGCACCUGUUCAGUGGAAUGGAUAAUGGUCGGGAGGUGGAAAGCGAUGCUUUGUUCUCGUUGAAGAUUGACAUCGUGAAGUCCAAGGGGUUCAACCUGAUGAACAAUCCGGCGGUCAUGAAGACACUCCUGCGGGCGGCAGCACGAGGUCAAUUGGAGGGACUAUAUGGAGGCCCUCCCCGACAAGGAGACAACAGUGAGCUUCUCAUGAAAAUGUUCUGGCUGGUCUGGAUUGUGGGCCAACGAGGUUCAAAGUUUCAUGGGGUGCGACCGACCUUUGUGGCGAUGGAACAGCCAGGUACCGGAAGUUUCUGGAAGGAUAUGGCAUGGACUAAGAUCCGGGAGACAUUCGGGCUUAUGGCCAUCGAGAUGAACCCUGAUGAGGGACAACUUCCCUACAUCCUUGCGACCAACCUGGACGUGGAGGGACAGGUCAUUAACCCUGAGCGCUGGGAGGAAGAACAGAAUGCCAUAGGGAGGCCGCCAUCAAAUUGGUCAACAGCUCUGAAGGAGGAGAUCUACAAGGGCAUGAAGCUUUGGAGGACCAAUGGUGGAAGAGGGAUAUCUUGGAGGCAGCUGGCGAGAAUGAUGAAACCCCAGGAGAUGACCGAGAAGGAGAUCAAGCAUUGUGGGAGGACCAUGUCCGAGCGGGGCACGUUCCCUACGAUCGCAGGACCCUUCAGAGUCAAGGGUGAAACCGCAGAUGCCCAGCACUACAGGUACCUCCUGGUGGGAGCAUACUGCCAUCCUCGCUUGGAGUCGUCCACGGAAGGCAAGCGAGCCAACACGGAGGUCGAAGAGCCAAAGGAUGACGACCCUUUGGAGGACUUAGGGCUUGGAGUGGAUGACGACGACCCGAUGGAGGAGAUACCAACACAACUGCCGAAAGAUGAACCAAUGGACGAACAUCAGAGGGAGCUGAACGAACGAUUCAGAAUGAUCUACCAGCACAUCGGCGACGACAUCGAGUACCAGACCCUGGACUUUGUGAAGCCAAUGAAAACCCAGGAUGGGCUACCGCUGACUAGGGUGCAUUCGGAUAGGGGUCGUGAACUUCAAGGUCACCCUUUGAGAGCAUGGCUAUCUGAAAGAGAUGUCCUGGUAACAACGGCAGAGUCACAGCAGCCUCGACAGAAUGGAAGAGCUGAAGCCCUGGUGAAGAGACUGAAAACACGCUGCCGGACACUCCUCAGAAGUUCGGGGCUGCCACGAACAUGUUGGCCAUUAGCGGCUUGUUUUGCUGCGAAACAGCAGCGUGACCUUGCUCUUGGUCGACGGGAGGACAAGGAUCUCACCUUCGGCACGACCACCUUCGUGAAGGGGAAGACCUUUGGAACUGGUGGAUCCUACGACCUGGACGAACGAUGGGUGGAAGGCAAGUUCGUGGGGUAUUCAAGUGAUGUACACCAAGGACGGGUAGUUCGCUUGGAUAAUGGCAAGUACAUCACGAGCGUGCACUUCAGGCCGUACUUGGUGGAUAGCGACAAAAUUCACCAACCGCCGCCAUUGGAAGCACACUGGCCUGAACCUGAACGUCGAGUUAAGGGGAAAACAACUCUUGCCAGCAUCCAACAGCCUUGUGACCCAGUGGAGCAACUAGCCAAGGAGUACCUGGAAGGAGAAAAGUUUGAGCUGAAGGCCAUCUCCGUGUACACGGGCCACAAUAACUUCACCUCAUUGAUCGUGGCGGAUGAUGCUGGAAUGGGGAUGCACCGGGAUAGCCACAACGAACCGCAUCGGGAAAACGUUUUGGUUCCUUUGGAUUUCUGCGAAGGAGGUGGAGUUUGGGUGGAAUCAAUGCCACAGGAGUUCACCUUAGAUGACGAAUGGAGGAAGGUACCAUCUGGAGAGUGGAGGCGUGGCCGUGUUCGAGAACUACAACCAGGUGAGCCGAUCUGCUUCGGACCACGACGGUAUCACCAAACAGAACCCUGGAAGGGAAGAAGGUUGGUGGUUACAUUGUAUACACCCAGGACAAGUAACCUUGGUCUGGAUUCCAGAGAGGCCCUGAAUGACCUGGGGUUCAACGUACCGGACACCUGGGCGCAGCCGAGAGAAGCGAUGAGUACGUCACUCCAACCGAUGCUUGCGAUGAUUGGAAUGGUUCCUCAGGACAAGAAUGUGGAUGCAGUGACAUUCAGGAUGGGUGUCGACAAAGAGGAGGUCCCUUCGGAGAUCCAGUUAGCCUUGGAAGAAAUUGACAACCUUCAGGAGGAGGUGAUUGAACGUUUGCAACAACGUUCGGCAUGGUUGGAGGACUUCCUGGCUGAGGAGGAGAUACUCCGGGAGGAGCUAGCCAUUGUCAGCCAAGAAGCUAUGGAGGAAGCCAAACAACUUCGUCAAACCUUGAGGGACAUGCUGGAGGACUCUAAUUCGAGGAUCAAUGUCGCUCGGGACAAUGUUCAGAAGGUUUUCCUGAAGGUCGCGAACCUCACUGCGGAAAAUAAGGUGGCAGAUGUGGAGGAGCACCUGAACAACCUUAAGGAGGACUUGAAAGUGACCCUGGAUGUGCCAUUGGAACAGGUCAAGCAGAACCUCGAGAAAUGGAUGGAGGCGAUUGGCAAGGAGCUGCAGAACUUGGAAAAGAACACAGGGGCCCUAGAGAGGAUAAGCAUGGACGAGGCUCGACGGCUGGAGGGUGAAGGUCGUUUACGACUGGUACCGGGAAAGAUGGUGUUCACGAUCAAGCCAGUUAAUGAACCACGACCUACUUCAUCCAGUCCUAUGGCACCACGAUGGAAGCGUAAAGCUCGUAUGGUGAUAUGCGGGAAUCGUAUCGACCUGGAGCACGACCAUGUGAAGGACUUGCUAUACGCUUCUGGAGCUACUGCCGAAAGCCUAAGAGUGGCCCUCUGUAUAGCUACCCUUGCAGGAUGGAGAGCUGGUUCGACGGACAUCACCGGUGCCUUUCUCCUUGCUAUUUGGCCCUCUGAUAAACCCUCCUACGGCGUCUUGGCACCAAAGAUACUACAGCAGGGUGGGUUCAUCACCUCGGAGGAGAUCUUCCUUGUAAAGCGUCCUCUAUAUGGACUUCGCGAGAGUCCAGCGCUUUGGGCAAGCUAUCGCACUGAUGUCUUGAGAACGUUGAGGAUUCAGCAUCACAAGGGACAACUACGAUUGAAGCAGCUGAGAUCAGACUCGGAAAUGUGGCUGAUAAUCCUGGAAGAAGAGAGUGGCGACACGCUCUAUGGCAUCAUCGUGACGUAUGUUGAUGACCUGCUCUACCUGGGGAAGGCUGAAACCGUGGACCUCGUGCAUGGGUGGAUCAGUAAACAGUGGCCAUGUGCUCAACUGGAAUAUGCCAAUCAACCUGGGGGCAUCCGCUACUUGGGUAUGGAGCUGCGCCAGUAUGAAGAUGGCACGUUUUCCUUGGGACAAGCUGGAUAUGUGGAAAAUCUGGUUCGAUCGUAUGGCCUAUGUGAAGAUGCUGUAGCAGGUUUGCCCUGUCCGAAGGAGUGGAUUUGUGAUACCGACAUCACAAAGGACGAGGAGAACUUCUCAGAAGAAGAACUUCGAAGAAGCCAAAAAAUGACAGGAGAGUGUUUAUGGCUAUCGUGCCGUACCAGACCUGAUAUCCUCUAUGUCACCAAUUUCAUGUCGUCAAUGGUCUCAAAACAACCGUGCCUGGUGUAUCGGACUGGUUUAAAGGUUCUCGCCUACUUGAAUGCAACAGCUGGCCUCAAACUCCGAGUGGAUGGGCGGUCUCCAAAGUCCAAGCAGAUCCUAGGCGAUCACCAGUCACCAAAGUCCGAGCAGAUCCGAGGCGAUCACCAGUCACCAAAGUCCGUGCAGAUCCGAGGCGACCACCAGAUUUUCGGAUGCGUCCUUUGCUCCAUUUGGCGGAAGAAGCUUUGGUGCAAGUACAAUUGUCAUUGGAAGAUCCCCUGUCGCAGUAGACAGCCGAUGGUGAGCAUGUCCGUUUGCGAAGCAGAGUUGAUGGAAAGUGCUACUUGUGCAUUGCUCUUGGAAUCAGUUGGUGCAAUCUUGGAGGAGAUCUGCUCAGCGCCUGUUCCCCGGGAGCUGAGGAUCGACAACUCUGCGGCAGGAAGCAUCUUGAAUGGUGCCCCGGGGUCAUGGAGAACAAGACACCUUCGGAUAAGGCAUGCAUACGUGAUAGACAGAGUCGCAUCGCAUGACCUGACUGUCAAACAUAUCCCUGGUGAUCUGCAAUUGGCCGAUUUACCAACAAAACUGCACCCGAAGGCAAGGCUGAUGGAACUGCUGCGACUUUGGGCAAUGUUUGGGAUACCUGAGUUGGAUCGUAUGCAUGCUGCAGAGGACCUCCGUCUGUGCGAUUUGGUGCUGGCGAUGACUGCAAUCAAGUCAAUUGGAGUGGAAGCGAGACAGACCGGAACAAGCUCCUACGAGAAGGAACCAUUAGCAACGACUGGAACGAUGGAGUUGAUACUCCUGCUGUCAAUGUCAUGCGUGGUUGCUGUAGCAUGUUGGGAGUUGGCAAAAUGGUCUGGAACAUGGUGCUGGAAUAAAUUUUUCGGGACUAAGAGAGACCGGAAAAUUAAGAGGCUCCGUCAGCUUGCUCAAUUGGCAGCCGAAGCAGAAGUGGAGAAAGUCUUCGAGCGGACCAAUGAUGAUGCGGACAAGGCAGUGCAAGACCUUGUCAGCGGUGCGAUGAGCGUGGCAAUGAGUUCAACAACGAGCACUACAAGAACUACAAGGCGAUCGGUGGCCAUCCAGACUUUGCCCUGGGAACCUGAAGAACGUAUCGUUCAUGUACCACAGGUGCGUGAGAGAAUUGUGCAUGUACCGGAAGUGCGUGAGAGAACAGUUCGAGUAGAGGUUCCAGUGGCAGAUGAUCGUUAUGAGCGUUCGGAGCAGAUCUACAUGACAGAGAACCUCCAAACUUUGCAUGUUAGCUUGCAUGGAGUGCAAGUGUACAACGAUGGAUCCACGAAAGGACGCCGUGUGGUGACGCUCUUUUCUGGUGAUUCAUAG